AUGCCGAGAAAAACACGAAGUCGCACGCCUGCACGUUCAAGGUCGCGGCGCCGUUCCGCCUCCCGUAAACGUAGCGAAACUCCACCACCGAGGCAGCGGCGAACAAAACCGCUUAAUCCUCGAACAAUGGAAUAUGAGUGGGGUGGACCUGUUGGGGCAUUUGGUAUGGUGUUCUUUCUUCCGGCAAUUGUACUUGUAUUGAAUACAUUGUGUUCGGAAAGUAUGUGUUCUGUUGAAGGAGUGUAUGAGCUUCCUGAUCUUUUGUAUAAUACUAUCAUGGCAUCUAUUCCUCAACUUCCUCUGGCGCUUGGGAUUGAAGUGGCAUGGUUGUUCCUACAUGCAGUCUUGUACGUUCUUCCUAUUGGAAAACGGGUUGAAGGGAUGAAGCUAAGAAAUGGAGAAACUCUUGUGUAUAAUAUCAAUGCGGUUUAUGUAUUUAUUCUUAUACAUGCCGUUAUAGGUGCUUUACACUAUCAUGGUCUUAUUCACUUGGCAGUGAUAGCAGAUAUGUUUGUUCCACUUAUGAUUGCCUCCAUUAUUAUCUCGGCUGUGAUGAGUAUUAUACUCUACCUGGCAUCGUUCCGCUCCGCCUCUGUACUUUUAUCGACUGGUGGAAAUACUGGAAAUCCCGUGUAUGAUUUCUGGAUUGGUCGUGAACUUAAUCCACGUACCUUUUCACUGGAUUGGAAAUUUAUGUGUGAAUUACGCCCUGGUCUUAUUGGAUGGAGUUUAUUAAAUUGGGCCUUUGUAGUGAAGUCCAUGGAAACAGGUACAUACACCCCAAGUAUUCUUAUCAUUGCAGUGUUGGAGUCCUUAUAUGUGUUUGAUGGACUUUUGUUAGAAGCGGGGAACUUAACAAUGAUGGAUAUUGUACAUGAUGGAUUUGGAUUUAUGCUCUGCUUUGGUGAUCUCUCUUGGGUUCCCUUUACAUACACACUCAAAACAAAAUUCCUCGCCUAUCAUCCUCUGAAUUUAAGUCCCACCUACGUAGCCUGUUGUUGUCUUCUUGCUCUCACUGGUUAUAUUAUCUUUCGUGGUUCAAACAGUCAAAAGAAUAAAUUCCGCCAAAAUCCCCGUGAUCCUUCAGUGGCGCAUCUUAAAGUCCUGCGCACAUCCCGCGGCAAAUCACUCCUCAUCUCUGGUUAUUGGGGUGUUUGCCGACAUCCAAACUACGUGGGGGAUUGGCUCAUGACACUUGCAUGGUCUGCCCUCACAGGCACUACAGCACUGUUGCCGUAUUAUCAGCCGGUGUACUUCGCGGCUCUGCUGAUGCACCGACAACUGCGGGAUGAGCGGCAAAUGGAGGAGAAGUAUGGAGAGGCGGAUUGGAGGAAGUUCUGCGGUAUUGUACAGUAUCGUUUGAUUCCUUUUAUCUACUAA